ACUAAAUAUCACGCCCAAAUGCUACACCGUCAGAAAUCUAAUUAUAAGUAUCGUUAAAAAUAGAUUCAUAUGUUUAGUUAAUACAUUUGAUAUUUUUCAUGUAAAUACAAUAUAUCCUCAGAACCCGGGCGAUAUACUCCUUUGGACGGCCCAUUAGAUGAUGUCUGGCGAAACUAAAACGGUAAUAAAGGGGAACUCGUCUAAAUAUGUGAAACUGAAUGUUGGAGGGUCCCUUCACUACACCACCAUAGGGACCCUUACUAAACAAGAUACGAUGCUAAGAGCAAUGUUUAGUGGUAGAAUGGAGGUCCUAACAGAUUCUGAAGGCUGGAUAUUAAUAGACAGGAAUGGGAGACAGUUUGGACAGAUUCUGAACUUUCUGCGAGAUGGAUCAAUACCUCUUCCGGAGACCAGGAGAGAACUACAAGAGCUAUUACAAGAGGCCAAGUAUUAUUUGGUACAAGACCUUGUAAAUCUUGUUGAAGUAGCCCUGAAGAAUCUUGACAAGGGGGUGGAACCAGUGUGUAAAGUACCACUGAUCACAUCAAGUCGAGAGGAACAGCACCUCAUAUCAUCUACACAGAAGCCAGUGGUGAAGUUGAUCUGCAAUCGUCACAACAACAAGUAUUCUUACACAAGCAACUCAGAUGACAAUUUGUUGAAAAAUCUUGAGUUAUUCGAUAAGUUAUCUUUGAGGUUCAACCGGAGAGUUCUUUUCAUAAAAGAUGUGAUUGGCAGCAAUGAGAUUUGCUGUUGGUCAUUUUUUGGACAUGGUUCCAAGAUUUCAGAAGUGUGCUGUACUUCAAUAGUUUAUGGGACAGAUAAGAAACACACAAAGGUUGAGUUUCCAGAGGCCAGAAUAUUUGAAGAAACUUUAAAUGUUCUGUUGUAUGAAAACCGUACAGGACCAGAUGAUGAUUUGAUGCAGGCAACCAGAAAAGGGACUGUGACAGGUCACGGAUACCACAGCGAUGACGAUGCUGAUGAAAAAUUAGACAGAGAAGUCCGUAUGAGACGAAAAUGAGACAAUUAUCUCCCGUUGUGGUCAGCUGAUUCUUUAGAAUUUAUUUAAUUUUACAAUAAUGCUCAUAAUCAUGAGAGCGAAGACUGGAAAAAAUAGUACUUGUACAUGAAUUUGAGUAAGUUGAAAGUACAGCAUUGAUAUGAAGACUGAUGAUAAAAAUACUAUAGGCUCAAGGACCACAAUGCUCACCUUAGUCACCUUGUUCAUAAUACAAAAAUAUAAUUUAUUCUAGGGCUGGGGUGAUGUUGAUGUCAACCAUACCAAUGUACAUGUACUUAUUGAUAUAGCGGCCUCAUUAUGUUAUUUAUUAGGAAAUUUUGGAUUAUAGCAAAUCUUGUAUUUUCAGCAGAUUUGCUUAAGUCAAAUUUUGUGAUAUUACUGUACAUGUCAAAACGUUUUUGUUUUCAGUGCCUCUUUUUCGACAAGUUUGGUUGUCAUCUUUACAUAUUACAUAUUAAAUAAUCAAAGAUACAUAUUGUGCAAUCUUCUACUUAUAUUUGAAUGUCUGAUUUUUUUGUUAAUAGAUAAAGCCAUGAUUUAAAACCAAAUGAAUAAGGUUUCGGAAUUCACAAAGCACAUUGAUACAUGUAUUAUGAGUACAUUGAUAAUUUGAUAAAUCACCCAAGCCCUAAUUCAUAAGCCCUGUUAUUGGCCAGCUGUACACCGCAUAUCUCGAGAUGCUUGUAAAUCAUAAGGAAAACCUGUACUUUAUUUGUUGUUGUUUUAACUUGCAUCUCUUUUAGAUGGGGAUGUGAUAUAGCAUAACAUUUUAGGGAAAUCUUUUGAGGUAUUCUGUUAAAGUGAUGGCUCUUGUCUCUCUGUGAGACCAGAGUAAGGGGAUUGAUUCUCGAUACAGAGAGGCUGAUUGCUGUGUCAUGGGACCUCUUAUUAUAUUAUUACAUAGAAAUAUACACAUGUAUUUCUGUUUGAUCUGAAAACAAGGUGUUUUUAUUGGAAGUUUUCAAUAGUAUUUACAAUGGACUGUCUGUUGUCAAAAAAGCUGUAUUAGGAAUUCUUAUUGCAUGAUUAUUAUUCUUGAUAAGAUUCUUUGAUAUUUGAAUUCUAAGGUCUGCUUGAUAGGAGGUGCUUUAUUGUGAUGUGUAUACAUGGUCUCAGUGAUGGUCAUGUGGCUUAUGCUUGCUCCAUGUUGGAGAAUAAAAUGUUAUGAAAAAAACAAAAAA